AUGAGAGCGAACGAAAAUUGUGAAGAAGAAGCAGAGCCAACAUGCCCAAACGAAGCAGAACCAACAUCCCCAAACGAAGCAGAACCAACAUGCCCAGACAAGGCGGAGCAGUGUAACCAAGAACAAAGAAACGAAAAUGACGCGCAGGUCAGAAGGAAAGAUGAUGAUCACUUCGACAAAAGCAAUAAUUUCCUCGAUUUUGAAAACAUCCUUUUAGAUGUAAGAUUGAGAAAGUCAAUACUGCACAUGUUUAAGUUUCAACACCCAACGAAAAUUCAAAAACUAGCGAUACCAUAUGUACUGAAAGGAAGUGAUGUUAUUAUAAGUUCCAAAACAGGGUCAGGUAAAACUAUGGCAUAUCUGAUUCCACUUGUUCAGAAUAUAAUUAAAUCAAAUUUAAACGAAAAGGAAUCUUUAAAAUUUUUUUAUAAAGGUAUAAUCCUUGCACCAACAGAAGAAUUAUGUUUACAAAUAUAUGAAAUAACACAUAAAUUAUGUAGCUACCUGAAAGACAUUUUAUCAGUUAAUCACAAUAUAGGUAAAACCUUUUAUGAACAUCCCAGUGUGUUAGUUAGUACACCAAGACAUUUAUAUAAUCAUAUUGUUGAAUGUAAAAGAAAAAAUAAUUUAGAUAUAUUAUCAAAUUUAAAAAUACUUGUCGUAGAUGAAGCAGAUAUAUUGCAUUCAAAAGGAUUUCAAAAAUGGAUGAACCUUUUAGCGAGAUACCACUUUCCAAAAAAUUAUUCCAAAAAAUAUCAAAUUAUUAUGGCAUCUGCCACUAUAGGAAAUAAUAUCAUAGGGAAAACAAAACUUUUUUUACAUGAGCCUGUAUUUUUAACAACAGAAAUGGAAAAAAAAAUCAACCCUUCACCUACUCGUACUAUUGCUAGCAUAACCACGGUGCUUGGUAAUGGAGUAAAUUUUAAUAAACAGAGAGACGAUAAACAUAUCUCAGAUCAUCAUGAUAACUGUAUCAAGACUAACGCACCUCCUAUGGAUACCCAUUCGAUUACCAGAAGCCAUAACACAGAUGAUGUUGUCAUUUCACCAAGAACAUGCGAAAGUUACAAUGAUAAAAAAUUUAUAGGUACAUCAUUUUACUAUUUGUACCCAGAUGAAGUAACAAAAUUUAUUUACUUGUAUAAUCUAAUAAAUGAUAAAAUUAUUUUGCACAAAUCCAUUAUUUUUACUUCGACCAUACACGAUGCAUACAAAAUAAAAAUUUUUUUAACAUACUUUGAUAUUCCAUGUUCCAUUCUUAAUCCAAAUCAUCCCAUUUUGGUAAGACAAAAUAUUAUUUCUGCUUUUAAUAAUUUUAAAAUGUUCUUUUUGAUAUGUCCACAAUAUGAGAAAAACACAGCAGGAAAAAUGAAUAAGAAGAGAAACUUGAUUACAGAUAAUUCAGUUCCGAAAUCGAACCAUUCUAGUAUCACGGAAGAAAAUUUAUCCAUCAAAGAUAUCGUUUCAUGCAAGACCAAUAGAAGUGAGACUAUUUCAUUUACAAAAGAGGAAAUUCGAAACAUUUAUGCAGGUGACACUGAAGAUGGAGUGCAAAAUCCAGACACAGAUUCGUGUAAAGAUGGAGAGCACUUUUCAGACACAGAUUCGUGUAAAGAUGGAGAGCAAUUUUCAGACACAGAUUCGUGUAAAGAUGGAGAGCAAUUUUCAGACACAGAUUCGUGUAAAGAUGGAGAACAAAAUCCAGACACAGAUUCGUGUGAAGAUGAAGAGCAAAAUUCAGACACAGAUUCGUGUGAAGAUGGAGAGCAAAAUUCAGAUGGAUCUUCUGGAGAAGAAAAAGAUUUCCUAUACAACCGGGGACUAGAUUUCCGUGACGUGCAAUGCGUAGUUAAUUUCGACAUGCCAUUGAAUACAAAAACAUUUAUUCAUCGUGUGGGAAGAACAUGCAGGUUGAACAGAAAAGGGAUUAGUAUAUCCUUCAUUAACCAAAAUGAAGAUAGAGAAAAAAAGAUGGUAAACACAAUAAGCGAUAAAAAUAUAUGUAAUAUGAAUAAAAAAUCUGUUUCAAUUAAUAAAGUAGAGAUGUAUAGAUAUCGUGUAGAAUCUGUUCUAAAUAAAUGUACCAAAAAAAAGGUGAAAUAUUUUAUACAGAAGGAAAUUCUAUACCAGUCUUUAAAAUCGAAGGAACUGAAGGAAUAUUUUAAUUUAAAUAUACAAGAGAAAGAGCAUAUUAACAAAAUUAUAAAAUAUUUCAACACACAUGUAGUACCACAUAAAUUAAUUAAAGAUAGGUUGCAAAACUUGUUCUUAAAAAGGAAAAAGAUUGGUACAAAUAAAAUGAUAAAUAAAAAUGUGGGGAAAAAUGGGGCCCAAAAUUACAACAAGAAAAAAAAUUGGAAUUAUCAGCAAAACAAUGGGAAUAAUAAUGAAACUUACAAAUCAAAAAUACUUCCACAACAUUAUGUUAAAAAUAAAACGAACGGAUUUAUGUUAACUGAAAUGGCUUAUGAAAAUCAGCUCAGAAAGGAACCUGAGAUCGAUGUGGCUGAUCCCUCCAAACUUCCCCCCAUAUAUGGAAAACGAUUGAAAAGUUACAUCUACAAAAAGUAUAUAUUACGAAAGAGAAGAAGAAGUGGUUCCUGGAGGAGUGACCACAGAACUAGCUAUAAGAAUAAUCAGGGGGGGGGGGGUAGUGAGUACACAUAA